AUGCCGCUGCCUACUGACGCGGCUACAGGCUCCAAGAAGCGAAAGAACGCCAAAGAAGGAGGAGUUCCUUCGUCCAAGCGCCGUGCAGUCGCUGAGACUCGGAGUGAUGGAGAUAUGGUCAAGAUCCAAGAGCUGGAAGACCAGAUUUCUGAAUCGCGAAAGUAUUAUAACAACAUUGUGACACUCAUUUCGAUGCUCAAUGCGGAUGGGAAUGAGGGACGGCCUAAUUUGGCCGUGGCGGUGUCGCUUUGUAGAGUCUUUAGCAGAUUAAUGGCCCUCGGGAAUCUGACCGAGACCAGUCGCGCAGCAGAGAACGAGAAGAUCAUCGUUGCUUGGCUAAAGGAGCGUUGUCGGGAAUAUCAAAAGGCACUGGUAUCAAUCCUUCGCAAAGCAGAUCCUUCAUCUCAGGUUUGUCAUGCAGGCUUCCCCACAUUCAGUUGGCAUUUUCUGAUAGCGUGGCAGGUUACUGCCUUGACUCUAUGCAUGCGCAUUAUCAACGAACGUGCGACACAUCUACCGGGCGAUGAUACCCAAGUCUGGCUUUCUGGUCUCUUCAAGAACGUAUUUGAGGCUGUCGUCGAAGCAAAGGACGGGCAGGUGUUGAGGUCGGAAUUUUUGGAUCAAUUCGCGAAGGUAUACGAGGAUGUGAGAUACUACACCUUCGUGCAAGUCUCUGACUAUGCAGAGACAAAAAGAAGCUCCGAAGUUCUCGACGUCCUCAUAUCAAUGCUAUCGGAAUGCGACAAUGUCCCUGGUGCUGAACACAAGUUUGAAAACUUCCACACCAAAACGAGCAAACAAAACAAGAAGCUCCUCUCAGUGAACUCGCACAAGAAACAGGCACAGAAUGCCUGGCUGGCUAUACUUCAAAACGACCUCUCUCACACUCAGCGCAAAACGCUACUGCGCAACAUGGUCUACACCAUAGAGCCGUGGUUCAACCGUCCCGAACUGCUCAUGGACUUCCUGACAGAUUCAUACAACGUCGGCGGCGCGACAUCCCUCCUCGCCCUCUCUGGACUCUUCUAUUUGAUCCGGGAGAAGAACCUGGACUAUCCCCAAUUCUACCACAAACUAUACUCCCUCCUCGAUGCCGAUCUCCUGCAUUCAAAACACCGCUCUCGCUUCUUCCGGCUGAUGAACACCUUCCUCUCCUCCACCCACCUUCCCGCUACGCUUAUUGCCAGCUUUAUCAAGCGUCUCUCUCGUCUCGCGCUUAAUGCACCUCCCACUGCUAUCGUGGUCAUCGUUCCCUUUAUCUACAAUCUACUCAAGAAUCAUCCGACGUGCACCUUCAUGCUCCACCGCGUCGUCCGCGACGAGCAAACAAAGGCUACUCUCGAAGCCGAGGGCAUGGAUGACCCGUUCGAUGUGAACGAGGGUGACCCAACUCGCACGAUGGCCAUUGAAAGCAGCCUAUGGGAGAUCGAGACGCUACAGUCCCAUUACCACCCCAAUGUCGCUGCGAUUGCCCGGAUUAUCUCGGAACAGUUUACAAAACAGGCGUACAAUCUUGAAGAUUUCCUGGACUAUACCUACCAAGGCAUGCUGCAGGCAGAGCUCGGAACAGAAGACAAGCCGUUCAAGAGAAUCCCUGUCGUGGAAUACCAUAUCCCCAAGCGAAUAUUCACCGACCGAUUACUCGAGGAAGACGGAGGUCAGGACACAGCACCUGGUAACUUCAUGAGAGGCUUAUGGAAUUUCGCAUGA